AUGAUUACUUUCUAUAAUAUCCCGUCGAAGCUUGGCCUACAGGCCUGGUCACCAAACACGAUUAAGACACGAGUACCGCUCAACUAUAAGGGCAUCCCAUACAAAACAGAGUGGGUCGAGUAUCCAGAUAUCGAACCUGUCAUGAAGAGAAUCGGCGGUUCUCCAACAGGCAAGAAGCCAGACGGUAGUGACUUUUUCACGCUACCGGCGAUCCAUGACUCGAUGGCAGGCAAAGUGAUCACGGAUUCCACUGCUAUUGCGGAAUACCUUGAUGCGACGUAUCCCGAUACCCCAGCACUCUUCCCACCAGGUACAAAGGCUGCAGUCGCGGCACUCGAGCACGUCUUUAUGAAAAAAAUCGAUACAAUACUUUUCGCCAUGUUGUUUGAUGUGCUCGGUAUACUCAACCCACCAAGCGAGACUUACUGGCGUGAAAUACGUUUUGGGAGUACGGUGGAAGAAUUCGUGCCGCCAGGUCCCAAGCGUGACGUGAUUUGGAAGCAGUUCCAGGAGGAAAUGGAUGAACUUGCGGGAUUUCACGAUAGGAAUGGAGAAGGAAAGCACUUCUUCUUCGGCGAUAAAUUCUCGUAUGCAGAUGCCAUUGUCGUUGGAUUCUUGGCUUGGAUUAAAGUCGUCUCAGGUGCUGAAAGCGACGCGUGGAAAGCAGUGAUGACCUGGAAUAAUGGAAGAUGGGGAAAACUGGUUGAAUCGACAAAGACUUUGCACACGUGA